AUGGCUCUCAACCCGCACCAGAAGAACAAGGUCGACAUCAGCCAACUCACCGAAGAAGAACAAAAGCUCUUCCGCCUCUACGGCAAGCUGCCGAACAAGAAAGACCUUCUGCAGAACAAGCUCAAGGAGCGCAAGUACUUCGACAGCGGCGACUAUGCCAUGAGCAAGGCGGGCAAGUCUGAUGGCGCGCUGGCGGGAGGGUUGGGGAGGGAGCAUCCUUCGCCAGAGAACAUCCCACACCUCUCCCAACAAACCUCCGCCUCCGGCCAAGGCGGGCGGUCGGAUUCCAUCAGCGGUCCUGCUGGGGGCCAGGGUACACCGACGCUGCAUCCGACGCUCUCGCAUGGGUCUUCAGGGUCGCCGGUCAAAGAGUCGACGCUGCAGCGGGGCAUGAGUGUGGACGAGCAGGACGGGGAGGCGGCGGCGAAAGAGGAAGACGCCGGGCCGUCGCCGGGCGAGGAGAAGGGGAUACCGAUUCGGAAGCAAUGA